AUGAAAUUCGUCUCCCAGCUCCUCGUGACCGUGGCACUGGCUGCAACUGGCGCUGCUGCUCUCGAAAACGGCCUUCAACUGAGCGAGGUCUUCGGCGGCCCGCACGGCAACAAGUACUCCGACUUGGAGUUGGUGUCCCCGGGACACCGCGUCAAGUCCAUCACCAUCCGCACCAGCGAGCGCCUCAACGGCGUCGGUCUCGACAUCGUCGACCCCGCGGGGGUCCCAACGACGUUGUACCACGGCGGCCGUGGCGGAGCCCCCAACACACCGAACAACACCGUCUCCGGAGGCACCCGCACCACCAAGAUCGGGAAGGAUACCGCGCCCGAGGGCUACCAGCUGGGCGGCUUCGUCGGCACCUGUGGCACGGAGGUCGACUCGGUGGGCGCGAUCUGGACGCGGAUCAAAGGCAGAGGACGAGGCCUAGGAUGA